UAAACUACAAAUAUGAGACGCUAGAAGAGAAUCCUUUGGUAGAUGUGUGUAAAACUGGAGCAGAUCAGUGUUUUCCUCUAAUAAACACUAACAGAGCAGCAGAAUGGACGACAGAUCUGAAGGUUCCUUACAUGUUUUCAUCAGAGACCUCAAUGUGAAAGAUUCUGGAGAAUAUAAGAUUAUACUUACAGUUCCUGAAGACUACAGUUUCUUCUCUGAGUUUUACCUGGAUAUUAAGAAGGCUGAUUGUUGUGAGAAGAGCAUCAGUCUAUCAGCUGCUGCAGGAGCAUCUGUGAACAUCAGCUGCAAAUACCCACAAUCCCACAGUGCUGAUGUGAAGUUUGUCUGCAGGAGAUCUGGAUCUGAUCUCUGUGCUGAAGAGACGUCUGUGGAGGAGAGAAGAAGAUGGAGCGCUGAGGGACAGAUCCAGCUGUAUGAUGACAGAGAGCAGCAGCUCCUGACGGGAACCAUCAGUCAUGUGACUCGACAACAUUCAGCUGAAUACUGGUGUGGAGUUCAGUCUGAUCAAGGACACAAGAGCUUCAUCACACGAGUCCUCGUCAGCGUUACAGAUGUUCCAGAAACAACAUCAUCACCACCACCAUCAUCAUCUUCAUCAUCUGCUUCUUCUUUCUCAUCAGUCACAUCUCCACUGAUCACAACAGUUUCCAAUACAUCUCCAUCGACACCAGCAGGUUUAUCUCUGAUCAUCUCUCUGGUUCUGGUUCUUCUGGCUCUGAUCAUCGUUUGUCUCCUAUUUCUGUUUCUCUGUAAGAAGCAUCAGUCUCGAGGAGGUAAAUCGUCAUCUCAGACUGGAGCAAAACACGGAGUGGUUUCUCACGCUGGUUGUGAUUAUGAUGAGAUUAAAGACACUCACAAACAAUUACCCACAAACCCCUCUGAUUCUUCUAACGCUGUUUAUGCCACUGCUCAGUUACCCACAAACCCCUCUGAUUCUUCUAACGCUGUUUAUGCCACUGCUCAAUUACCUACAAACCCCUCUGAUCCAUCUAACGCUGUUUAUGCCACUGCUCAAUUACCCACAAACCCCUCUGUUUCUCCUGACUGUGUUUACUCUACAGUUCAGAAAGCCACUGGUGACUCUCAGAUCUUGAUCACAUCUGCUGAGGAUCUGAAUUACGCCGUGGUGAACUUCCAGAAGAAAGCAGACUGUCCUGACAGAGACAGAUUGAGGAAUAAUCAGGAUUACAGUGAAUACGCUGCUGUCAAUCAUCUCACUGCCUGACGAGCCACAGCAGAGAAUCUCAGUGAACUGAAGGCUUUGAUUGACAUUUUUGUUAUUUUUGUGGUUCUCUUCUGCUGUAGAGACAAAAGUAUGAAAUUAAAGCAGGAUAUGCUGUGAUGCUCAGUUUGGUUAACGAUAAACUACCACCAGCGUCUCAGUGUUUAAAAGCUCAAACUUUUACACAGG